CAUCUCAUCUCAUCUCCUUAAUUUAUUUUUUUUUUUAUAGAAAAAUUUUCUUCAUUCUUUUCCUUUAAUUUGUUUCUCUUAAGAAUUAAACUUUGUGCCAGAGAAAAUCCCUGAUCAGUUUCCAGCCUAAUUUUUUCUCUUCCUUUGUGAAAAACAUAUCUCCAACAUAGCCAUGCAUAAUAACAAGUGCCUAAAAGAAAACCCUAACCCUAACCCUAACCAACCAUUGUUGGCUUACCACUUCAUACAAGCCCUAACUCGUAUUAAUCUAACUGCACAUACUACUACAUCUACCAAGCAACGUAGUCACAUCAUCAAGCAUGCAGCCUAUGUCUCAAUGGCCUUUGCAGCUGGCAACAAGAGAACCUGGACUCAUGCAGUACUGCUUCAUAAUAGGUUUCCUCUAAAAACAAGAUUUCAUCGUCUUUCCGGUAGCCGGAGAUCAUUCAUCAUGUCAUUGUCGAGGAAUAAGAAGACCCAUCGUCAUGCUCACUUGCUUCGGAGCUUAGUUCCAGGUGGUCAUGCCAUGGAGUUCUCAAGCUUGUUAAUGGAGACAGCCAAUUACAUACAGUAUCUCACUGCGCAGGUGAGGCUCAUGCAGUGCAUUGUGGAGAAGUUUGACAUGCAUGUUUGAAUGAAAAUAUUAUUUCUUGAUGUAUAUCAAGAAUUACAUGUUAAAAAAUAAAAAAACAUGGAAGAGUAUAUAUAUUGUAUCGUAGAUUUUUGUAGAUUAUAGUAAUUUAUAGAUUUUAUAUGUUUAUAUAUAACCAUGUGUGUGUGUGUGUGUGUGUAUACACACACAUGUUUAUAGCUUGUUUGUAGAUUGUAUAUCAAAGUGGUUCAAGUUAAUGAGGGACGUAGUUACUAGUCUUGACUUCCUCUGCACGUACAUCUGCCACUGUAAUGGAAAAUCGCCCUUUGAUGGCGGGACUUAAUUCAUCGGACACCUUUGACACCAAAUUCAUCAAAGCGGCUAUGAAAGGCUGUCAUCUCUUGGAAGCUAUAAUCUUCUGGACUUCAAUUCUCGUUAUUUGUACUCUCUUGGUUAAUAGUGGGUGAUUUUAUCAUUUUUUUUUAAGGUCAAUUAAGUUGUUCCCCUCAUUUUGAUAGAGCCAUAUAUAAAUAU